AUCGAUACUAUCGAUAGUGCCCUCGAUGGUUUGACACCUCUAAUACAAAAAGAAAAACAAGAAAAUGGAAACCGGACCUAGUGCGGAAAUUGAGCUCCUAGAGCGCGUAUUGUUGCGUCUCGGCAAUACAGACAGCGAUGAGAAGUUGGAGGCUACGGUGGGAAAGUUUCUGACUCCAGUUAUACUUAAGAUCAACUCGCCCCACAAUGAAGUCCGCACAAAGGUUGUGGAGGUGCUCACUCACAUCAAGCGCCGGCUCGCCUCUCGGGCACAAGUGCAGAUCCCCGUUGAGGCCCUUUUGGACCAGUAUGCAGCCCAUAAUAGCACCACAUUUCUCAAGAACUUUGGCAUCAUAUUCAUCGCGAUGGGAUUCCCACGCCUCUCGCUGGAGCAGCAAACCGCAUUGGCCGCCAAAGUAGUUGGUAGCGAGGACAAGCUGGAAACCUACCAGGACAAACUCUUCACACUGCUGUUGCCCAUACUGAGCGAGAUGAAGAUACCGGAUGAUCCCGCACAGCGAGCGUCGCUGCUGAAUCUGCAGGGAAAGCAUUCGAUAAGCACGAAUUUCCUUUCACUCCUUCAGGACGUACUGCUACUGCCCUAUGGCAUCACCCAGGAGCACGAUGACCCUCCAGGUCUCAGUGUUUACAACUUUAAGCGGGUUAUUUCCAACAACUGGCGGGCCGAGGAGCUGGAGAAGGUUAAGAAGGGCAUCGUUCGGUUCCUAUGCGCCGGCGUGUUCACCGAUCUCCAGGUCUUUGUGCCGCUCGUGGUGGCGUCGGCAGACACUCGCUUCAGUGUGGCCACUCCGGCCAUAGCUGAGCUGAGCAAACUCUGCACCAUGCUGGACUUUAGCAAUCCAGCCGUCACGUCUCCACUCUACACACUCUUCAUUGGUAAUCAGAGCAAGUUGCCAGACCGCCAGACGCGUCCCUGCUGCGCCCGUGUCCGUCAGAAGCUGCUGCAGUAUCUGAUCAGGUGCCGUGGCAAGAGCAUCAAUGUCACCAAGGGUCUGCAGGUCAUCUUCGAGGGACUGUUUGGCACAAACACCAAUCAGAAAUGCAAGGGUUUGGCCCUGCAGUUCGUGGAGCUGGUUCUUAAGGACGGACCACGUGAUUUGGUCUCCAAGGUUUCCAGGGUGAUCUUGACCGGAAUCACCAAAGUCAUUGGACGCGACACAGCCGAGCCCAGUGAUGUGCAGAAUGCUGCCUAUUCAGCGCUGGCCCAACAUGCACGCAGUUUCCCUAACGACGUCAAUCAGGACCUAAAGCUGGUGCUGGGCUACUUCAAUAACCUGGCAAACAGUUCCCCAGACUUACAUUCCUCAAUACGCGAGGCUUUAGUCUCCAUGGCUCCGGCAUUCGCCUGGAAAACGAAGGAGACCUCCGAGGCCAUGGAUGUGGAUGAUCCUACCUUGGAUCCAUCCGAGGUGAAGCUGGAUGGACAGCAUCAUCUUCUUCUGGCCAUGCUGCUGGACAACGCCGAGUCGAAGGUACAGAUCGUACAGAAUGUGACGAGCGUCUUCCUAACCAGCUGCUAUCCGGAGUAUUUUGCGCCUGCCAGAUAUCUGCUGCUGCUCAUCGCUGGCGAACGCAAUUCUCUGCGCGAGAAUGUGACCACGUAUCUGUACGGCACGUCGAAGAAGGAUCAUGUCAACUACAGCCUGAUCUCCUCCAUUGAGCAGGCGGGAAAUCACAGCAAGAGCGAAACUAUCAGCGACUUUAACCAUCUCUCGCUGGAACAACGGCGUGUGGUGUUGCCUAGUUUCCAGGUCAUGAUGUCGCAUGUGCAUGAAAUGGCCAAUAAGCGACUGAAGAAGAGCAGCUCGUGUGUGGUGGUGGGACGUACCAAGCUCCCCUAUAGCCUGGAGGUUUACGAAGAGCUGCUCGACUAUCUGCGUCUGUGUUUGUGGUACUCGGCUGGGGUGGUGGCUGCUCCGGGCGAUGAGAAGUACACCCCGGAAUUGCGAGAAUACAUCAACAUCAACUACAAAGACGAGGAGGGCAAUGCCGUGAAUCAAUAUGUGCAGUUUGUGCAGCGUGGCGUGGAGGCCAAAAGGAGUGAAUCGAAUCUUAUCUGUCUGUACGACCUGUUGACUGCCGCCCCAGAUCUGUUCGCGGCCAAGAACUUGCAUCUACUGGAGCCUCUGAGCAACUCCCUGAAAGAUGUGUCCGAAACAAUGCGCAUCCAUGUGUCCCAGGUGUACGCCAUUCUGUGGGCCUCUGGCCUGGAUGAUGAUCAAUUCGAUGAAGAGGUCGCUGAAUGCAUGGUCAGCCUCACGCAGAAAACUCUGGAGCACAAGCAUGGCUGGCUUCUGGUGCUGGGGCACGCGUUCAAUCGAAAGAUUGCUAUGCUCAAGCAGGCCAACACGCCAAAGGAUUAUGCCACAUGGCCGCAGUUCAUCGAGGCAGUGAAGAUUAUUUCCAAAAACCUGUGCGAGUCGCAAUGGCUGCUGGUUUCGGCCGCCGUAAAGUGCUUGUCCAUGAUCGGCAAGGCAGUCCAGAUACCAAAUGUCAAAGUCGAGAUACAAGCGGCCGUCAGCAGCAAUGGUGGCGACGACGAUGAGGAAAUGACCGAGCUCCAGAACAUUGAGGCCUCUACGAAGCUACUCAUCUUUGGUGUAGUUUUCCAACUGCUGCGCAGCUCGUCAGCCCGCCAAAAGAAUCGCGAGGAGGCGGCCAAGUGUCUGGGCUAUCUGGCAAUUGGCGAUGGCGAGCACUUCACCAAGCGCAACCUAGAAAAGUUCCUCACCCUGGCCAAGAUACAAAAGGAUGCAGCACUCAAUAUAGCCAUAUCGGAGGCGAUUGUGAACACCCUUUGCGGCUAUGAUGUGAACAAGGGCCAGCCAGCCGAGGACUUUGUCAAUGUCCAUUGCAACGACGCUAUCUUUGAGGAGUUCCUCAACUCCCUGAUUCGUCUGGUCACUGAACCCAAUCCACACUCUCGACAGGCCAUUUCGGUGUGGCUGCUGGCCGUGGUCAAGCACUGCAGCAAACGGCCCGCUGUGCUCCGCAAGAAAGAGCUCCUACAAUUCGCAUUCACCGAGCUCCUGUCCGACGAUAGUGAAUUUGUGCAGGAUGUUGCCUCCCGUGGCCUGGGACUCGUGUACACCCUCUCCGAUGCGGGCAGUCAGACCGACUUGGCCAACUCGCUGCUGGAUCAGCUGAUUGGCGGCAAGCGGAAGGUGAAUCAGGUCACUGCCGACACCGAACUCUUUGCCGAAGGUAUGCUGGGUAAGACACCGACCGGUGGAAACAUAACCACCUAUAAGGAGCUGUGUUCCCUGGCCUCGGAUCUCAACCAGCCGGACAUGAUCUAUCAGUUCAUGCAGCUGGCAAACCACAAUGCAGCGUGGACCAGUAAGCUGGGCGCUGCUUUCGGACUGAAGACGCUCUCCGCCGAAUCCAGGCAGAAGAUGCAGCCGUAUUUGGGGAAAAUUAUACCCCGUCUAUAUCGCUACAAGUACGACCCCACGCCCAAGAUACAGAACUCGAUGAUUUCCAUAUGGGACACCAUUGUCAGCGACUCCAAGGAGGUUACCGAGAAGUAUUACUGGGAUAUCCUGCGCGAGCUGCUGGACAAUCUCACCAGCAAGGAGUGGAGAGUGCGCAUCGCCUGUUGUCUGGCCGUCAGGGAUCUAUUGAAGCGUCCCAACGGGCUAAAACUUCGGUCGGAGGAGCUGGCUCGGCCCGUUGGCAGUCCAAGCCGGGUCACGCCCGACGCCAUGCAGGUGGACGAGGCCCCCGAACCGGAGCUAAAAGAGCUCUGGUUUCAGCUCUUCCGUGUCAUGGAUGACAUACACGAGGGCACCCGGGUCACUGCCCAUGGCACGGCUUCGUUCCUGGGCAAGCUCUGUGUGAUCGCAGCCUCCUCAGACCAUGGCAAGUCGGGCACAGCAGUCGCUGCCUCCAUUCUGCCCUACCUCCUCGAGACGGGAGUCGGCCACAAAGUAGUCGAGAUACGCAAAGUGAGCAUCAAAACCAUAUCAGACAUGAUCGACUCCUCCGGCGCCCUCAUCGCCCCGCACCUGGUCACCCUGAUUCCCUGCCUGCUGCGCGCCACGGGGGAGCUUGAAAACACAAAGCUAUCCUAUGUGUCCACACGCCUGGGCGCCGAUAACGAGGCCCAGGAGGUGGUCGACACGUUGCGCGCCGAGGCAGCCAAGUCUCACCACACCAUGGAGACGAUCAGCAAGUGCGUGCGCUAUAUCGAUUAUCCAGUGCUGGAGCGGAUGACACCCGAAGUGCUCGAGCUGAUGAAGUCCAGCGUGAAUCUGGGCACCAAGAUUGGAUGUGCCCACUUUGUCUGUCUGAUCAGCAUCCGCUUGGGCAAGGAAAUGACGCCGGUGGUGGGCAAGUACCUGCGGGCCUGCUUUGUGGGCAUCAAGGAUCGCAAUGUUACUGUGCGCAAGUAUAACGCCAGCGCGAUUGGACAUCUGCUGGGGCUGGCUAAGGAGCAGUCGAUCAAGAACUUUUUUGCCAAAUUGGAUGAGCUGUACUUGGAGCAGCCGAGCAACCGCUCCAUUGCCCUGACCAUACAGUCCAUCAACAAGCGUCACCACGAGCUGCUCAAGGACUACAUGGACAGCAUGCUGCCGCUGAUCUUCUUUGCCAUGCACGAGGAGGCCACGGAGGAGUCGAAGGCAAAUGUGGAGCUGUGGAAGGAUCUAUGGAACGACACCAGCCCCGGCGAUGCGGGAAUUCGUCUCAAUUUGAACGUGAUCAUUCCCAAGCUGGAAUCCUCGCUAACCGAUGCCAGCUGGUCACGCAAGGCGCAGGCGGCCAAUGCCAUCCAGACGAUUGCCACACGCCUGUGCAACACCCUCGAGGAGCCGGAGCGAGUCCGUCUCAUCCGACUGCUGCUGAGCGGUCUACAGGGACGCACGUUCGAGGGCAAGGAGCGACUACUGCAGGCCUUGGCUGCUCUCUGCAAGGGCCUGGACCGGAAGAACGAGAUCUGCUUGAGCAUUAUUGAGGCGGCAAUGCGCGAGGCCCGCAAGCGGGAGCCAGUUUAUCGCACAUUGGCCCUGGCUGCCCUGGGCGACAUCUUGGAUCAGUUGGAGGCCGAUCGCUUUGAGGAGGUCUACGACAUGAUCUGGAAUCUGCUGGAGAAGAAGGAGCUGCGCGACCCCCAUUCGGAUGAUGAGGAUGUGCCAAGCCCAAGCAGGGAUCUAACGGCCGAUGAGCGCAACAAGCGAGCGCAGACGCUGAACAAACUGAAGGAGGUUGUCUGGGAGACCCUGGGCAAGUCGUGGCCGCGCCACUCCAUCGAGACCCAGCACAGAUAUCAGCUGUUCUUCGCCGCCAACUGCACCAGCAUCCUAAGCGAGAGCACGCGUCCGGUCCAGGUGAGUCUGCUGGCCGCCCUCACCAAGUACAUCGAACGGCUGUACAUCUUUGAUGAGUCGGCCAAACUGCCCGAUUUGUCGCAGAUCAAUCAAGAGAAGAAGCUGAAGACAGAGACGCCAAUGCUGCAGACCCGUGAGGCCAUCGUUGAAAAGAUUUGCGGCGAUGUGCUGGCCGCAGUCUCUCUGGCCGCUGGUGUACCGCACACGGGCCUCAAGAAGGAGGCCCUCAACAUUGUUCUCAUGCUGAUCAAACGCCUCAGCCUGGCAAAGGAUCAGCGGCCGUUGGCCCUCAUAAAGCAAAGCUUCGAAUUGAAUCUGACCAAGUUCCAGCGCGACUCGGCACCCGAGAUCCGUUGCCGUAUCAAAGAUAUUGAGGAUAAGCUCAGCCAGUUGGACGGUGUCAAUUAGAAAUCUAAGGAAGAUGUGGGUAUAGGUGUGGGUGGAAGUGAAAGUGAAAGAGAAAGAUGCCAGCUCCGCGUAGCUUGGGAUCAAGUCUGGAAAAACGGAAAAAAAAAAAAAAAAAACCUUGGCUGAAUUUAAAAGAGAUUCUCCUUUUGGAGGAAUAUUUAUCUAUAUACUAUAUGUGUCUGUGUAUAAAGUAUUCAAAAUGUUAAGGAAAUAUAAUUCGCUUUCGAGUGAAUGUUAACCCAUAUUGCGUGUCUGUGUGUGUGUGUCUGUUGACCCCCAACCACGGUCGCCACAUAAAUAACCCAAGAAAAAAACAAAGAAAGGUGUUUCAUCCGAAGUAAAAACAAAUUCAAUUCAAAUAAAACAUUUUCUUUCGAUAU